AUGGCAGUUAUGCGAGCAGCAGCGGCAGUACGGGCGGCGGCAGUGGUAUGGGCGGCAGGAAUGCGCCUGCUUUCGGGGAAACAGGUGGCAGGGGUGCAGCUGGGUCGGGUGCGGUUGGGUCGGAGCCCCCACCAGAAGCUGUCGUCACAGGGCCUUCCCCUGCGCUCCCCUCGGCAUGCUCGCCACCACAGCAUGGGCAGCGCUGCUGCUCUUGCCCCCCACCCCUCCCCUCGCGCUGCUGCUCCCCACGCUACAGCCCACGCUGCAGCCGCUACAGCCGGACUGGUUCCAAAAGGCGCGGGCGAUUCUGUCCCUCGUCCGAGAAUGCCGCCCAGCGUGCUGGUUGGGAUCUCUCAGUCGCUCCGCUCGCUCUCGGUUCAGUCGGUUCAGUCCCCAUCCACUCCCCGCUCCCCCCGCUCGCACUCGGUUCAGACAGUUCAAUCUCCGCCCACUCCCCGCUCCCCAGGCCCGCAGUCCCCUCCCCCUCACUCCCCUCGCUCCUCCGCUCCCCUCUCCCCUCGCUCUUCUGCCCCUCUCUCCCCUCGCUCAUUCGCUGCUGCCCCCCUCUCCCCUCGCUCGUCUGGUCCUGCCCCCCUCUCCCCUCGCGCCUCUGCUCCUCUUUCCCCUCGUUCGUUCUCUGCUGCCCCUCUUUCCCCUCGAUCUUCUGGCCCUGCCCCUCUCUCCCCCCGCUCAUACGCCACCCCUCUCUCCCCCCGCUCAUUUGCCACUCCUCUCUCCCCUCGUUCUUCUGCUCCUCUCUCCCCGCGCGCUUCUGCUCCCCUCUCCCCUCGCGCCUCUGCUCCGCUCUCCCCUCGCGCCUCUGCUCCCCUCUCUCCUCGCGCCUCUGCUCCCCUCUCCCCUCGCUCGUCUGCUCCUCUCUCCCCCCGCUUUCCUGCCACACGCUCCUCAAUCCCACGCUCCAACACCACAACUCGUACUCCUUUCCCUCCCUCUGCUGCAUCAGGGUUUAAAGCCCCAGCAGCACCGGACCAGUCACGUGCAAGAAAUGCACCAGCUCCCCGCCGACACGGCUGCGGGCGAGUCUUCGCGCUCAUCCAGCGCGCGCGCGACGAGCCUUUCGACUCCGCCGCUGUCUCGGUGAAGGCGGAAGCGCAGCGUCCGAACGGCGCAAACGGCGCGAGUGGCGCGGGCGAUUUGUCUGACCGCGCCGCGAACGGAGCGACCGAAUCGCAGCGAGGGAGUAACUAUAACGGGGCGGUAUUCUUUCUGAUUGGCUACGAGCCGCUGAGUAAAGACCAGGCGCGCGCGCUUCUCGGGCGGACCCGAUGCGCGUUUCAAAACGCCGUGAUUGCCGCUGGCAAAGAAACUGCUCUUAACGAAGCAUCCUCUAACGAAGCUGAUCUUUGCGACGACGACGCGUUUCGCGCCUCCAUCCGCCAAUCGCUUGCCGCCACGUUUCGAUGCUUCCGCGGGCGGAUCGCCGACGAGCCUUCGGAGCUAAUCGUAAAGACGCAGCGGGCAGCUGAAAGAGCUAGGGUUAAAAAGUUGGCAGCCGAAAAGGUUGAGGUUGAAAAGCAGGAAGGCGAUUCGGAAAACGCGCAGGAAACAAAUGGGGUAUGUGGAGGGGGGGAAGCACGCGCGGCGGGAGGCGCGGGGGAAAGUAGAGGGGAAAAAGGGGAUGGAGGGGAAGCUGACGCGGACGCGCAGCUGUUGGCGCUGAAGCGGGAGAUAGAGGAGGCGCAGGCUCAGCUGGAGAGGCUGCAACGGGGGGAGGUAGUAACUGCGGCGCAGGGCGAAGUGAAACAGGACGAGGCGCAUCAGGGCGAAGCGCAUCAGAGUAGUGUUUCCCAGGAACGACAAGAGCCGGAACUGCUGCUGCAGCAGCAGCAGCAGCAGCAGCAGCAGCAGCAGCAGCAGCAGCAGCAGCAGCAGCAGCAGCAGCAGCAGCAGCAGCAGCAGCAGCAGCAGCAGCAGCAGCAGCAGCAGGGGGAGGUGGGAACCGAGGGUUUGCGCCUGGCUGGCAGAACUUUGUCCGUAUCAAUCUCCCUGGACCAAUAUGACGAAAGCACUGACGUCAGCAAGCACCUGCAGUCGUGGCACAAGGAGAAUGCAGCUUCGCACGCAACCGCUGAUGCGUCGCCACGUGCUCGUGCUGACGUGGCAGCAGCUUCCAGUGAUCAAGUGCCAGCUGGCAGUGCCGUCCCAACCUUCUUAGACGCUAACACUGCUGCGCUGGAGCAGAAUCAUCCUGGAAGCUUCACUCCCACUUUUAACCAUCCUCCAUGGGGUGUAAUUGGCAUUCCUGCAGAUGCAGCAGUAGCUAAUCCCCCGUCGCUCCACAGCGGUAUUGAGUUGUAUCAGAGUUACACAAACGGGGAUACUGCUGCUGCCACGGGAACUAGCAUCGUGGCUGACGUGGCGGCCACGUCAGCAGCGGGCCGUGUCACAGCUGGCUACGACGAUUCAGCUGAUGUCAGCAACAGGCGGCCGCCCAGCUUCUCGCUGGAAGAACCACGAGACGAAAAGUCGGCGGCGCAAAAAUCUGAUUUCGGGGCGGCAGAAGCUGUUUGCAGCGCAGGACAGACGAAUGUUUUUGGGGCAGAAGAAGGAAUGAGUUUCCCUGCCAUGGUUGCAUCUGUUGGUAAGUCACCCAAGGGGGGUUGGGGAGGGCUAGGAGGAGAGAAGGUAAAGACUCCGAAGGGGGGGGAGGGAGAGUCAGAGAGUGACAAUAACGAGGGUGGUUGUAAAGAAGGUGAUUCUAGUGGAAGGAGGUUGACGAUAUGGGGGAAGGGGAGUAGCAAGGAUGGGAGUGGGAAGGAGGGAAGUGGGAAGGAGAAGGGUGGGAAGAAGGGAAGUGGGAAGGAGAGGAGUGGAAAGAAGGGCGCUCGCUGCAACAGCAGCAGCAAUCUCGCCGCACAGGGCAGUGAUACUGACGUACUCGUUAUAGACAGCUCCACCAGCAAUAUAAGCAGCCCGUUAACAGGAACGCCAAACUCCGGGACUCCUCUUGCCGGCACCCCCCUUGCCGGCACGCCCAAGUCGCUCACUCCCCGCUCUGCCACGCUGCCUUUGUUUCAAUUACCCGUGGAAAGGAGCAGUGUUGGAGGAGUGGUGAGCGGUCAACAGAGCCGCAGUGGGGUUGAGAGCGGUAGCAGUGGUGGAAGUAGCAGGGAGGGCAGCCCGGCUAGGCCGUUUGGCGCUGGUGGGAGGAGUGCUAGUGUGGGGGCUUUAAGUGCGAUGCUGGGAAGGUCGAGAGAGGAGGGGAGGGUGAGAGAGGAGGGGAGGAUGAAGGGAGAGGGGAGGGUGGAGGGCAAGGGGGAGAGGGAAGAGGGGAGGGGCAGUGGGGAAAGUGGUGUGAGUGCUGCUGCUGCUGUUGCUGCUGCUGCUGGUGCUGGUGGUGGUGCUGUGGGUGGUGCUGCUGGUGGUGCAGCAGGGGGUGGGUUGAUGGGAAUGUGGGCAGCAGCAGCAGGGAGCAACCCUCUCAGCCGACAGUCCAGCAGUAACCACUUCCCAAUCCCAGUAGCGUCCACCCCUCCAGGCAGUGGCACUCACCACCUCUUCUCCCCCACUGGUUCCCUCUUCUCCCCGGGUAAGCUGCAGCGCCGAGCCUCGCUCUCAGGCUGGGCAAGGCUGGGAGGUAUGGGCAAGAGCAGCAGCACCAGCAACCUGGCUGGAACUGCUGCUGCUGCUGCUGGUGCUGCUGCUGCUGGUGCUGGUGCUGGUGCUGGUGCUGCUGGUGCUGGUGCUGCUGGUGCUGCUGGUGGUGCUGGUGGUGGUGCUGGUGGUGGUGCCGCAGGUGUGUGUGAUGGUUUGAAUGAUCCCAAUCCUGCUGCUGCCGCCGCCGCCGCCGCCACCGCCACCGCCGCCGCAGCCGCCGCCGCUGCUGCUGCUGCUAUUACCUCUGCUGCUCCCCCUGCCGCUGCCGCAGCUGACCUUCCUUUCGUUACAAGCAAGCAUCACUCCAAGACGGCAAUCAGUAGCACCUCCGGUAACACGAGGAGCACCACUCCCACCACCAGCGGCAGCACGAGUGGCAGAAGCGCCGGCAAGGAUCCAUGGAGCAAGGCAGUGAGGAAGCUUUGGAAGGCAGCUAGAAGGAAGAAGGGCGAGGGGAAGGGGCCGACAGGGAAGCAGGAGAAGGCGACGGGUGGGGAGGGGCCGGCGGUCGAAACGGGAAAGGGUGCGCAGGGGGAUUUGACUGAGGAGGAGGAGGAGUGGGAUGAGGAUGAGGAGGAGGAUGAGGAGGAUGAGGAAGAGGAGGGAGCGGGGAUCGAUGCCUGGAAGCUUCUGGAAGAGGGGAAGGGAGGGGAGGGAGGAGGGAGGAGCAACCGCCGGGUGUCGCUAUCCGGGUGGCCAGGCGCGGGUGCGUUUGGUGCGAAGAGCAAGAGUGUGGGGAACAGCGGUGGGAGCCGGGACAGACGCAGGACGAGCAUUAGUGGGGUGGUGCGUGGGACGGGAGGAGAGGAGGGGCAGGGCAAGGGAGAGGGGAACAGGGGGCAGAAGCACGGUGAGUUGGGGGUUGGGAAGGAUGGUGAGGGUGCGGGGGGGGGUGUAGGUGCACAAGCAGCAGUUGUUGCUACAGGUGCUUUUCAAGUUGCUGCUACAGCUGCUGCUACUGCUCAGGCUGGUGGGGGUGGUGAGGAGGAGGAUGACGGGGGAUGGGCACAGGCUCUUAGUCAGAGGGCUGGGGUUAAGUCCAAGGGAAGAGUAAGCUGCUCUGUGUGA